AUGGGGGAGGCGGGACAUGAUCGAUACACGGGCGGUGCGGAGAUGGGAACACAGGGCGCGGGGGUAGGGUUCGAGGGAUCCCAUAGCCGCGGGGAGCAUGGGAAUCGACAGGAAGGGAGGGAGAAAGCGCGGGCAAGGAAGGCGCAGCUGCUACUGCAACUCACUUGCUUUUGCUUUUCCUUCUUUUCUGGUGGAGGUUCACGGACCCCAUUUACAUUCUCGGCCCAAUUUAGUGUGUGGGUUGCUGAGAGUGAGAGUGAGAGAUUGAUUGUGGGCAGGCUCUUGAGUGCGGUGGAGGGAGGGGUCCUGGAUUUGUUGCGACAUGGUUUGGAGGAAACUGUUGGGACGAUGAAGAGAAUGAUGAUGACAAUUGGGGUGGUGAGGGCGUGCGAGAGAGCGUUGGGUCGGUAUGGCGCGCGUCUUGGUAAUCGCCAGAGGACAUGGAGAAGCGCGGCCGUCGAAUUGAGUGGAACGCUGGUGAUGCCGGUGAGGCAUUUUGAAACCGGCUCGACCACUGGAUCGGUUAUGCAGGAGACGGAGACGGAAGUGUUGAAAUCUCUCGUGGGUGGGAUGAUGAACCAUGCGCGUGGGUUUCCGAUCAAAGGUGACGGCGUUGAAAUCCUGGGUUCGCCCUCGCAAUUUUACAAUGCGCUUCUUCAAGGAGUGCGGGACGCGCAAUUCCGUGUUGUAAUUGCCUCGCUCUACAUCGGCACAGGGUCGCUCGAGCAAGAGCUGUUGGAUGCCAUUGCAGAUUCGCUCGCCAGGAAACCGUCCCUGCAGGUCACUAUACUUUGCGAUGCUUUACGGACAACUCGACCCUUCAAAGAGUCCGAGAAGUAUCCUUCAAGUGCUGCCAUGUUAUCCAACAUCCUCUCGUCAGAUAGGGUUGCUUGGCGAAAGUCAACCUCUAGGGAUCGACCAAAGGAGCCCCUGCGGAUUGGAUUGUACCAAACCCCAAUGUUGUCCAAAAUGGUGAAAAUGGUCCUUCCUGUUCGGGUUCAAGAAGUUUUAGGCGUAUGUCACCUGAAAGCUUUCAUCUUCGACGACAACAUUAUCAUGACGGGAGCCAAUAUGAGCACUUCUUACUUCACGGUGCGCCAGGACAGAUAUCUAUGUUUUCCGAACUGCAAGAACCUGGCAUCUUACUUAUGCUCCUUGAUCAAUACUGUGGCGUUGCACUCGUACAACUUGGAUGAGUCAGGGCAGCUUCAGCCACGGUUUGCCCAUUUGAAUCCCGUCACAGAGUCCGAGUUGUUCGCUACUGAGUUUUCUGAUGCAGUGAAGGAGUUGACGAUGCCAUCCUUGAGAACUGAGACACUGGAAGGAGUUGAUACAUGGGUAUUUCCAACGGUCCAAAUGGGACCUUUUGGAAUCCGACAAGAUGAGGAAGCCUUAUUGUGGCUGUUGAAGCAGCUCCCCGGAGGCAGUGACAUACAUUUAUCAUCUCCCUACUUCAAUUUGACACCUGAAUACGAGGAUGCAUUACUGAAAGCUGCUCUAGAGAAAAACGUUACUGUCCUUACUUCCUCCCCAAAGGCAAAUGGCUUUUACGGCUCGUCGGGAGUCUCAGGUUGGAUACCACUUGCAUACUCACUUCUUGAGCAGGACCUCCACAACCGGGCGAUGUCUAUUUACGACAAGGAAAUGAACAUUAUGAGCAUACGGAAUCCCAAAGGAUUAAUGAUUUACGAGUACGAGAGGGCGGGGUGGACAUUUCAUGCAAAGGGUCUCUGGUGCAACUUACCUGGAGCAGAAGAUGGGCCUAGUGUGUCCUUGGUCGGCAGUUCCAAUUUGGGGUAUAGAUCCCGCGAUAGAGACUUGGAAGCUCAGGUGUAUCUCUUUACUCUAGCUCCACGUCUUCAACAGCAGUUGGAACGAGAGCGGGAUGAGUUGUUUGUGGACGCUUCUCGAGUUACGUCAAGUAUCUUCCAAGGGCCUGAUCGACAAGGGGGCUUCUUCGCCUCGCUCGCUUUGAGGUUUAUGAAACCAUGGUUAUAAAAUGUGUAGAACUCGCCAUGAUUACCAGAAGAGAGAGGCAUGGCCUUUUUGUUUCAUCGUUCUUGUUAUUCAUUUAAAUAUAAGUUGUGAUCAAAUAUACCACAAAGUUGCAGUUUAUUGAGAUGAAAUGCAGCACCUGGAGGAGACACGUGCAUAGGUGAAUUGCAUACUCUUUCAGUGCCAUCAAAUCUUUUGGACACAGUAUUUAGUUGAUUUCUGAACAGAGUUACCGUUUAUAUUGACGAGCCAACAUCAUGUGGAUGACUUAUACAAAAUAUAUUAAAUUUACUUGCUGCAGUCACGAGCAGUCUAUAUUAUGCAAUCA